CCGCCCCGACCGGAAGGAGGCCGGCACCCGGCUCUUAUAGAGCUGGGAAUGGGGGUUCCGCCACCGCCUAGUCAGUUCUGUGUCUGCUGAAGCUCGGCUCCGCCGCGCUGCCGUCGCGGCGCCCCCGCCCGGUUCUAGCUCGCGCGCUGCACCGCCCCCCGGAGCUGGCCGGCCGGGAACCAGGGCCAAGUCCUCGCCAUGCCGGCCCGGCUGCUGCUGGCGCUGCUGCUGGGCGGCCCCGGGAUUUUUGGAAGUCCCAGCACAGUGACGCUUCCUGAAACCUUGUUGUUUGUGUCAACCCUAGAUGGAAGUUUGCAUGCCGUCAGCAAGAGGACAGGCUCGAUCAAGUGGACUUUAAAAGAAGAUCCAGUUCUGCAGGUUCCAACACAUGUUGAAGAGCCUGCCUUCCUCCCUGAUCCCAAUGAUGGCAGCCUCUAUACACUGGGGGGCAAGAAUAAUGAAGGCCUGACGAAACUUCCAUUUACCAUCCCGGAGUUGGUACAGGCAUCCCCAUGCCGAAGUUCAGAUGGAAUUCUCUACAUGGGUAAAAAGCAGGACAUUUGGUACGUCAUUGACCUUCUGACUGGGGAGAAGCAGCAGACUUUGUCGUCGGCCUUUGCAGACAGUCUCUGCCCAUCCACCUCUCUUCUGUAUCUUGGGCGAACAGAGUACACCAUCACCAUGUACGACACCAAAACCCGCGAGCUCCGCUGGAACGCCACCUACUUCGACUACGCAGCCUCCCUGCCUGAGGACGACAUGGACUACAAGAUGUCCCACUUUGUGUCCAAUGGCGAUGGGCUGGUGGUGACCGUGGACAGUGAAUCUGGCGACGUCCUAUGGAUCCAAAACUAUGCUUCCCCUGUGGUGGCCUUUUAUGUCUGGCAGCGGGAGGGUCUGAGGAAGGUGAUGCACAUCAACGUCGCUGUGGAGACCCUGCGCUAUCUGACCUUCAUGUCUGGGGAGGUGGGGCGCAUCACCAAGUGGAAGUACCCAUUCCCCAAGGAGACGGAGGCCAAGAGCAAGCUGACGCCCACCCUGUAUGUUGGGAAAUACUCUACCAGCCUCUACGCCUCCCCUUCAAUGGUACAUGAGGGGGUCGCUGUUGUGCCCCGAGGCAGCACACUUCCCUUGCUGGAGGGCCCCCAGACCGAUGGUGUCACCAUUGGGGACAAAGGAGAGUGUGUGAUCACACCCAGCACAGACCUCAAGUUUGACACCGGGCUCAAAGGGAAGAACAAGCUCAACUACCUGAGGAACUACUGGCUCCUGAUCGGACACCAUGAAACCCCACUGUCUGCGUCUACCAAGAUGCUGGAGAGGUUCCCCAACAAUCUGCCCAAACAUCGGGAAAAUGUGAUUCCUGCCGAUUCAGAGAAGAAGAGCUUUGAGGAAGUUAUCAGCCUGGUUGACCAGAGUUCAGAAAAUGCGCCUACCACCAUUUCUCAGGAUGUGGAAGAGAAGUUCACUCACGCCCCCGCCAAGCCCGAGGCCCCCGUGGACACCGUGCUCAAAGACAUAGCCACCAUCAUCCUGAGCACCUUCCUGCUCAUCGGCUGGGUGGCCUUCAUCAUCACCUACCCCUUGAGCAUGCAUCAGCUGCGGCACCAGCAGUUCCAGAAGGAACUGGAGAAAACCCAGCGCCUGCAACAUCAGCAGCUGCCCUUCCACCCGCCUGGAGACAGCGCUCAGGACACGGGGCUCCAGGACUCGUCCGGCCUGUACUCUGAGAGCUCAGGCGCCAGCAGCCCCAGCACAUCCCCCAGGGCCUCCAACCACUCGCUCCACUCCAGUGGCUCCACCUCCAAGGCUGGCAGCAGCCCCUUCCUGGAGCAGGACGACGAGGAUGAGGAAAUCAGCGUGGUGAUGGUUGGAAAAAUUUCAUUCUGUCCGAAGGAUGUCCUUGGGCAUGGAGCUGAGGGCACAAUUGUGUACCGGGGCAUGUUUGACAACCGUGAUGUGGCUGUCAAGAGGAUCCUUCCCGAGUGUUUUAGCUUCGCAGACCGUGAGGUCCAGCUGCUUCGCGAAUCAGACGAGCACCCCAAUGUGAUCCGCUACUUCUGCACGGAGAGGGACAGGCAGUUCCAGUACAUCGCCAUCGAGCUGUGCGCGGCCACCCUGCAGGAGUACGUGGAGCAGAAGGAUUUUGCCCACCUUGGCCUGGAGCCCAUCACCUUACUGCAGCAGACCACCUCGGGCCUGGCCCACCUGCACUCCCUCAAUAUUGUUCAUAGAGACCUGAAGCCCCACAACAUUCUCCUCUCCAUGCCCAACGCACACGGUAGGAUCAAGGCCAUGAUCUCCGACUUUGGCCUCUGCAAGAAGCUGGCAGUGGGCAGGCACAGCUUCAGCCGCCGUUCAGGGGUGCCUGGCACAGAAGGCUGGAUCGCUCCGGAGAUGCUGAGUGAAGACUGCAAGGAGAACCCCACCUACACAGUGGACAUCUUCUCGGCAGGCUGCGUCUUUUACUAUGUGAUUUCUGAGGGCAGCCACCCUUUUGGCAAGUCCCUGCAGCGGCAGGCGAACAUCCUCCUGGGCGCCUACAGCCUCGGCUGCUUACACCCCGAGAAGCACGAGGACGUCAUCGCCCGGGAGCUAAUAGAGAAGAUGAUUGCGAUGGACCCGCAGAAGCGCCCCUCAGCGAAGCACGUGCUGAAGCACCCCUUCUUCUGGAGCCUAGAGAAACAGCUCCAGUUCUUUCAGGAUGUGAGUGACCGAAUAGAAAAGGAAUGCCUGGACGGCCCAAUAGUGAAGCAGCUGGAGAGAGGCGGGAGAGCCGUGGUGAAGAUGGACUGGAGGGAGAACAUCACUGUCCCCCUGCAGACAGAUCUGCGUAAAUUCAGAACCUACAAAGGUGGCUCGGUCAGAGACCUCCUCCGGGCCAUGAGAAACAAGAAGCACCACUACCGGGAGCUCCCCACGGAGGUGCGGGAGACCCUAGGCUCCCUGCCCGACGACUUCGUGUGCUACUUCACGUCGCGUUUCCCCCACCUCCUCUCACACACCUACCGCGCCAUGGAGCUGUGCAGCCACGAGAGGCUCUUCCAGCCCUACUACUACUGCCAUGAGUCCCCAGAGCCCCAGCCCCCGGUGACUCCAGAUGCCCUCUGAGGCAGGGCGGCCCUCCGUUCUGGAGGCCUCGGCUGUGACUGAGGGCCUGGUCUCUGCAAGCCAGAGCCCCAUGCCUCCUGGCCUAGCGGGGAGACCAGGCUCCCAAACCAAGUGCCUUGAGCUGCCCACUCUGCAGUCAGCGGAAGAUGAUGCUGACCCCCGGAAGUGGGAGAUGCGACCUCUCCUGACCGGAAGGGAGCUGGGAAGGUGUUGACCAUGAAAGCUUUAUAAUCAGGGGACCUCUGCAAAGCCUGUCCCAGAGGCAGUGGAAGGAGCUCCCUCUGCCCUCUGGGUAAACUUGCUUCUGACGUAGGUUUCUUUUUCAGCUCCCUGUUCAAAGUCAGUCUACGGGCCUGUAAGGAAGGGAGUGGAGGGAAUCAAGUUUAGCCUACAUGCCGGGACCAGGAGCAUCUCUUCAACCAGCUAGACUGAGGUGCAUAAGUACAGCCUCUGCCAGAAGAGGGUCUUGAGAGGGGAGGGUGCUGUGGCGAGGAAGAUGUCAGAGGGUGUCUUUCCUGGAAUCUGAGCUGCCCCAGGUCACCGUAACCAGUGUAUCCUCAGGGCAGCAGGAGUGCAGUGUUGGGGCAGGUCAGCUCCGCACACUGGAAAGUGAGGCCAUGUCUGCAGGUCUCUUGGGAACAAAGAGGACGGGUGCUCCGUUCAGAGGCACCUGUGGCCUGGUGCACUCAUGGCCCAAAUGGUGGCCUUCAGUAGAUUUGUGCCCUGGGCCACUUGGGGAUGUUUAGGAGCAUUUGGGGACAGGAAGUGAUAAGUUCAUUGGCCAUCAAGAGGAGCAGCUAAGACCCAGGCAGGGAUGGGCCUGUGGGACUGGAAGAGAGCAGGCUGAAUGGGAUACUCACAGCUGCCCCGUGAGAGCCUCGGGUCACCAGUGAUGAGGCUCCUGUCCCUGGGGCCAGCGGUACUGGCAGUGGGGCCAGGAACUGAGGCCAGGGUCACCAUGUGCUUCAUGGGUGGGCUCUUAUGUUUUUCUUGGUAGAUUGUAAUAACUUUAUGUUUUGAUCAUGCUGUAGAAUGCUAUGUUAGCAUAAGUAAGCUAAACUUAAAGCUUCCUCUUGAAGAAGAAAUACAAGAUCUAGAAUACAUCUUCUAUUUUGUGAGGUACCGAAAGUUCCUAUCCCCUCCAGAAAGAAUGUUCAUAUCUAGGUCAUUCUCUAUUGCUGGAGGAAAACAUGAUAGCACUAUUUGCAUGUGUUAAACAACUUCAAAGUAAUGUUCUCUGAAUUAUGUCAAUUCCAUGGCUUUGUCCCCUAGAAUUGGUAUAAUUUUCAACUUAGUUUCAGUCAAAAAAAUGUCUUUUCUCUACCGAGAGCCUUAACAGUUAAACGCGAUCUGGGUGCCGUAUAGGAAGCGUUUCCCUGUACUUCCUUCAGCGGGUGAGGGGAUCACUGCAGUUCACUCCUGGGGACCUCAGAGACUCCUCUCAGGAGACCCAUGUCGCUGCCUGACAGAGACACCGCUGUUCCUUUUUCUUCAGAGGCUUUUUUGUAUGAGGGCCGCUCACCGGAAGCAUUCAUGCUCUCCUCGCAGAGUUGUUUCCUUCCUUGCACAGUCAGUCACUUUCUUCCUUAAACCAAUGUUCUCCACACCUUUAGACCUCAUCGGUCACCUCAUUUAGACCUCGGAUCCUCGGCGCCCCGUGGUUGGCUCUGUGGUGUCUUCUACCACGCCCGCCAUCUGUUUUCCGGACUCUUCCUCCCCUGCUCUCAUCACUGGGGCCAGUGCCCUUCGCCAGGUGGCUCUGCGGGUCCCUUUGCCGCCGGGCCUGAGGUGGAGAGAGUCAGGCGGGGAAGGCACCAGGAGGUACUCAGCAGGACCAUGGGCUCCCUGUGCCGCUGCCCUGCGCACAGCUGCCGCUGCAUGUCCCCCAGAGCAGCCCCAUCUUUGUCUGCAGCCUGGGUUUGUGUCCUGCGCUGCUUUGGCGCAGCUCAUCUCUGUGACAGCUUUUUAAAGAAUGCCUUUUCUGCUUAUCAUGUUAGUUUCUGACCACCCAACUUUCUCAAACCCACAUUUCAGUGCAUUUUAUUUGAGCACCUACUGUAUGACCUGGACAGGAUUCUGGGCAGUGGGGACGCAGAGUGAGCCAGAUAGGCAAACCUCAGCAUGCCUGUCAUGGGAGAGGCAGCCAGAAAUAAAUCUCAGGGCUCUGCAGAAAACCCAAGUGGUGGUCAAGGGUGUGCAUACGGGGUUUGCACCUCCUCUGUCUUAAAGCUGCCCAUAUCCCACAACAUCUGGACCUGGUCAGGUCGCCUUCUGUUCAUCUCUGUCCAUCACCUUUAGGGACCCAGGCCCUUGUGAGUCCUUCAGGCGGUUGGAAGAGGUCUCGUGUGGGAACGUACCAUGAAAACACCUGGGGCAUCAGCUGGUGUAUCCUGUCCUGGUUUCCUGUUAAGCUCACUGCAGUGGGAAGGUGUCUUUCUUUUGUGAGAAUAGGGUUCUUCAGCCUUGUGCACCCUGUUUGUCUUUAGUACAGUUCCUGGAAGGCUGCUCAACUUUUUGUAAGUUUGCUGACCUCACUUUUAAGAUGGAAUUUAGUCACAUCUAUUAGGAAUCCCAAGGACACUAUAAUUUAUUUUACUCUUGUGUUGAACCUUGUAUUGAAUCUGUCUUUGGCACACUUGCUGGAAUUCCUCUCGCUUCUUUGAGUCUUUCUAAUUUCAGUUUAUAAAGAGCUCCAGUGGUAUUAGACAUCAGAGCAUGCACACUUUUGGGGAUCACUGGUGUUACUUGGUAAGUCUCUAAACGAUCUCUUGGCUAACAUAAAAUCCUGGGCUGCCAAGGUGCCCUAUCCCCUCCCCCCCUCAGUGUAAUAGUUGCCAUAAGUUCUUCCCAGGGAGACGUCACUCUGACCUGUUACAUGUAUUAUGUUGAGAGAUCCACAGGUUAGUGAGUCCAGCAAAGUGUCUUCUUCCACCAAUUCUAGAAGAAAGGUUCUUAUCAGAGUUAAGCCUCAUCUUCUUGGUAAGGUUUUGUAUGAACGGACUCAUUCGUCAUUGCAGAUCAUUCUCACUGCAGUAAAAGAGAUGAAUUGGUCGUUAAUCUGAGCUCUCUGGGGCGUGGAGGGGCCUUUGGGUUGUAGGGCUUUCUCCUCUAGGCCACUUCUUUUCACAAGUUGGACUCUGGCCAGGUUUGGAUUUGCCGAGACCGCCCCUGUUCUGCACCUCUGUUCAUUGCCCUUGUGGAAGGUGGGCUGGGUCUGCUCUUGUGGCCUCCUGUGCUGGAAGGCUGGACAAAGAAAGUACAGCACACCUUAAGGAGCCCCUUAGAUUCGCUUUAACUUUCUGCCCAUUUAGUUUCUGAAAUCCCUUUUCUUUGUCGCCAGCAUUUCUUGUCCUUGCCAUCCCCUCACUGCCCUAGAGCAGUCAUUUUAGCUAAGUGUGGCCUGUCAUUGGCUUUCCUGGGAGAAGGUCUUCAGGUGACCCAGACAGACGAGCCAAAAUUCCGCCUCUCAGGAUUGGACCACUCUCUUUUCAACCAAAGUGUUCACUCCUCCUUAGGAAACAGUGAUUUCCCGUGAGUAAUUCUGGUUCAGAUAUUUUUAUCAGCCCUUAAAUGCUUUCUGUGUUUAUUGGAAAACCAACAAAGAAUAAUGCAUCUGCAAUGAGUCUCCUACUGGAGCAGCCUUAACAGCACUUCAGCCAAAGUCCCACCCCACUUGCCUUGCCUGGCGCUCUGUUUGGUGGGUACAGUGUUCCUGUUCAGUAUCCCAAAAGCUGUGACGGGGGUGUCCCCACUUACCUAGAAAGCAUUACCAGUCAACCAUGUGGCAUUCUCAGAUGCAAACUUUAUGUAGUGUUCUUUUUGCAAUGACCUAUUUAUUUAAUCUAUUUAUAUUUAUUUAAUUUUUACUCUGAAGUGUAUCCACUUACAAUGUCACUUGCUCAAAGCACAUCAGAUUUGUUGUGGAUAACGCCUCUGACCAUUUUAAAACUGGAAAAGGUAAAGUUAUGCUGUUUCCUUCCAUGCAAUGGAUGCCUUACAGUAGUUUUAUCAUUUAAGGGUGAAUAAUUUGGUCAGGGUAAAUAUGUUGAUUUUUACGUGAUUUUUUUUUUUUUAACUUCUGUUCCAUUAUGUCUUCUCUGUGGAUGGUUAGUUGUUUAAUGGGUAUGUGUUAAUUGUGUGAUACAGUCCUCUCUGUGGAACCUAAAAUCCUUUUCUUAGCUUUAUAUUUUAUAAAUUGCCAGAUUGUACAAUUUUUAUGUGUAUUUUUAAGCUUGAUGUGAGGGUAAUUAAGUUAAAUGGCCUAUUUUUGUACCUCCUGUACAGUUUUGUAAUUCUACUGAUUGAUAAUGGCAUCCUACGUUGAGCCAACUACGAAUAAAAGUAGUUUUAGGUUUGGAA